GAACGUCAUUUGCUUCAUACAUUUAGCUUUAGCCAAAAUUAGCCAGCUGUUGAAAUCAUAGAGAUAUCUUGCCGAAACGAGUGUUUUUCUUUUCAACUAACAGCCUACCUAACCGUUAUUGAUUUGGUGCUCCCUGGUUUACAGUGCCAAACAUGUAUAUAAAAGCUUUAUUCCGAUGCAGAGACAUGCUGAAAGGAGAACUGGUCGUGUGAAAUGCUGGCUAGCCUAAUCAAAGCUAGCUGACGGGCCGAGAAACGAAAGUGGCUAACAUUAACGAGAGAUAAGCUUAUCGCAACAAGCCGGGGUACUUUAACCUAUCUGCCACUGAAGCCACAAGAAGAAGCAGUGACAGAGAUAGUUCAUUACCUACAAAGUAGCAGUGGGUCUCUCUAGGGCAGAGCUAUGGGUGCGUUCCUGGACAAGCCCAAGACAGAGAAGCACAACUCGCAUGGUGAGGGCAAUGGCCUGCGCUAUGGGCUGAGUUCCAUGCAGGGCUGGCGGGUGGAGAUGGAGGAUGCUCACACAGCUGUGUUGGGACUUCCUGCUCCUGGCAUGACUGACUGGUCCUUUUUUGCUGUGUACGAUGGUCACGCUGGCUCAAGGGUUGCCAACUACUGCUCUAAGCAUCUUCUGGAGCACAUAAUCAGUGCUAGUUUAGGGACUAAAGUCUCACAUGCAGGUUCAGACAGCUCAUCCAGUGACCCUCCAGUAUCGGGUCCUCCUACAGUGGAAGCUGUAAAAGGUGGGAUCCGGACAGGCUUCCUGAGGAUUGAUGAGCACAUGCGCAGCUUCUCUGACCUCCGAAAUGGCAUGGACCGUAGUGGCUCCACAGCAGUGGGAGUCCUCCUGUCACCUGAUCAUUUCUUCUUCAUUAACUGUGGUGAUUCUCGAGCAGUUCUAUACCGCAAUUCACACGUGUGCUUCUCCACACUCGACCACAAGCCUUGCAACCCACGUGAGAGAGAGCGUAUCCAGAAUGCCGGUGGCUCAGUGAUGAUUCAGAGGGUUAAUGGCUCACUGGCCGUAUCGAGGGCUUUGGGGGACUACGAUUACAAGUGCGUGGAUGGGAAGGGCCCCACAGAGCAGCUGGUCAGCCCCGAACCAGCAGUGUUUGACAUGGUUCGGGCCCCAGAACAGGAUCAGUUUGUGAUCCUGGCCUGUGAUGGCAUCUGGGAUGUCAUGUCCAAUGAGGAGCUGUGCGAGUUUGUGAAAUCUAGGCUUGAGGUGUCUGAUGACCUAGAGAGAGUGUGCAAUGAAGUAGUGGACACCUGCCUGCACAAGGGGAGUCGGGAUAACAUGAGUGUUGUGUUAGUGUGUUUGCCCAAUGCUCCCAAAGUGUCGAGGAGGCCGUGAGGAAGGACGCU